AUGCGUACUGAUUUGGUGCCAAUGGACACCGAAAGGCUGAUUGAUUGAUGGGGAGGGGGGCUGGUUUGCCGCGGGACCCCACAGGUUUGGACACUAAUCAAUACUUCUCAACAACGACUCCUGCGCAAACCAGCCCAACGGACUGCGCCGCAUGACCAAGUUCUAUGUUCAACAAAGAAAAGGUCGAACAACUCGCUAUUAUGAAUGCUCUGAAUAGGUUUCAAGCAAACAACGGUCGAAGCGAGUGAAUGGAAUGCUGGGCCUGGGAAAUAGUUCAGCCGCAGACUGCUUCAACACCACGACACUUCCAAUCAAGGUAUCAUCACCUCUCAUCCACCGAGAACCUCUGAAGCUUAGCGGCGAAAAGUCCAUCGGUCUCAACCAGAAAAAAUUGUCAAUUUCUUUACUGCCCCAAAGGUCGUAGUGCAAACAUGGCGACCCCAACUUCAAAUGACCCCAAGCAUCAAUUCCCCCGCGUAGGCGUCACAGCCAUCAUCGAGCGAAAUGGCAAGGUCAUCGUCGGGAAGCGCAUGGGCAGUCAUGGUAGCGGCAUGCUACAGAUGCCAGGAGGCCACCAAGAAAAGGGUGAGCGCCACUUCGAGUGCGCGGUGCGAGAAAUCAAGGAGGAGACCGAUCUUGAUAUCGAGGCCAUCGAGUACGGGCCUGUCACGGAGGAUAUCUUCGAGGAGGAGGGGAGGCAGUAUACUACGGUUCACGUGUGGUGCAAAAUGAUCGACGAGAGUCAGGAGCCUAAGUUGAUGGAGGAGAAUAAGUGUGAAGGGUGGAAGUGGAUGUCGGCUCAGGAGCUGAGGGAUUCCGUCCGCCGGGAUGAGGCGUUUUUGCCAGUGAAGCAUCUUGUGGAACAACAGGGUGGUGCAAACAAGGUUCUUGAGAUACUCGAAGAGCGUGCCGAGGCAUACGAGACGGCCGUCAGGCUAUCUGAGCAGGCCAAGCUUGACGAGGAGGCCAAACUUGACGUGGAGGCCAAGCUCGACGGGCAGACUAAGCUUGAUGAGCAGAGAAGAGAAGAGGAGGCAGACACUGCGCAGUAGAGCGUCUAGAAUCCACAUUAAGCAUGAGGGCGGGGGGCUAUGGAGGUCGAGGACGCUAGGAGGUUGUUUUGACGUCAGUGAAGCACUGUAUUCAUAUCGUUGGUGGGAGUAGAAAAGAAAA